UGUGGUGUGUUUUUAGUUUUAUUUUAUGAGUGGUUGACGGCCCGAAUCUACAUGACUUACGGUGAAGGAGCAUGCGGUCCAUUGUAGAGGCUGUUAAUUGAAGAUUUUUGUGUUCAAAAUAAAACAGCUGUAAGGAUGCCUCUGAUCAAUGCCCUAUUCUUGGUUAUGUGUCUUGCUGGUGGACAAGGCUCUCGCCUACCACGCCUGAGGUAUCAUCAACUCAUGCAUGCUUCUGAGCUCAGUCACACAAUAGUGAAGCGGGGCAUCAACAGCAGUCCUCAUCCAUUCAACAAAAUAAAAGAGGUUACAUUCAAGACUCUUGGGAGGGAGUUCAGGCUUGUGCUCACACCACGGAAGCACCUCCUGCACAGCCAGUUCAAAGCAUAUGAAGUUGAUGAGAAUGGAGCAGAGAAGCUUCAUCACCUGGAUCCGGAAGACUCGGAGCUGUACGAGGGGCGCGUGUUCGGCGAGACCGAAUCGGAUGCCAGCGUACAGCUGGAGAACGGCGUGAUGACGGCCACCGUUCGCACCAAGGAAGACACCUAUCACAUCGAGCCGGCCUGGCGCCACAUGGACGACCCGGAGCGCAGCCGCAUGAUCACGUACCGCGGCUCGGACGUGGAGGAGCCGGAGACGCCUGCGUCGCACCUGCCGCCCACUUCCCACUGCGCCUACGUCCGCGAGGACGGCAACGCCACCGGCCCCGAGUGGAGUAAGGAGGACGGGCCGCAUGUGAGGGCCAAGCGGCAGACGACAGAGGCUUACACGUUCAACAUGCUGAAGACAAGGUGCCCGCUCCUGCUGGUGGCGGACUACAGGUUCUACAAGGACAUGGGUGGAAGCAGCACAAAGACCACCAUCAACUACCUGAUCAGCUUGAUCGACCGCGUGGACAAGAUCUACCGUGAGACGGUGUGGGCCGACCGGGCCGGCGACCACGGCCUCUCGGCCAUGGGCUUCGUCAUCAAGAAGAUCCUGGUGCACAACGCGCACACGCCUGUCACGCGCGGCCAGGAGCACUACAACAUGGACACGGGCAGCUGGGACGUGCGCCACCUGCUGGAGGUGUUCAGCCGCGAGCCCUCGCACGAGGACUUCUGCCUGGCGCACCUCUUCACCGACAUCCGGUUCGACGGCGGUAUCCUGGGGCUGGCGUACGUCGGCUCGCCGCGGCGCAACUCGGUCGGCGGCAUCUGCACGCCCGAAUACUUUAAGAACGGCUUUACGCUGUACCUGAACUCGGGCCUGAGCUCGUCGCGGAACCAUUACGGCCAGCGGGUCAUCACCCGCGAGGCUGACCUGGUGACGGCCCACGAGUUCGGCCACAACUGGGGCAGUGAACAUGACCCGGACCUGCCCGAGUGCUCGCCCAGCGCCAACAAGGGCGGCUCCUACCUCAUGUACACAUACUCCGUGUCCGGCUACGACCUCAACAACAAGCGCUUCUCGCCGUGCUCUCUGCGCUCCAUCCGCGCCGUGCUGGUGGCCAAGUCCUCCCGCUGCUUCACCGAGCCGGAGGAGUCGUUCUGCGGCAACCUGCGCGUCGAGGGCGACGAGGAGUGCGACGCCGGCCUGGUGGGCUCCGAGGACGAGGACGCGUGCUGCGACAAAAACUGCCAGCUGCGCCGCAAGCGUGGCGCCGUCUGCAGCGACAAGAACUCGCCCUGCUGCAGCCGCUGUCAGUACCUACAGAUGGGCGUCAAGUGCCGGGACGCCAGCCUGCACACGUGCGAGAUGGAGGCCAAGUGCAACGGCGCGUCGGCCGAGUGUCCGCCGUCGGCGCCGAUGGGCGACGACACCGAGUGCCAGGAGCACGGCGGCCGCUGCCGCGCCGGCAAGUGCGUGGCCUUCUGCGAACUGCAGGACCAGCACAGCUGCAUGUGCGACGUCGAGGAGGACGCGUGCAACCUCUGCUGCCGCCGCUCGCUCAACGACACGUGCACGGCCCAGGAGCCGGUGCGCAUGCUGUCCGGCGGCACGCCGUGCAUGCACGGCUUCUGCACCAACACGGGUGUUUGCGAGAAAACUGUACAGGACGUGGUGGAGCGAUUCUGGGAUAUCAUCGAAGACAUCAACAUCAAUAAGGUACUGCGCUUCCUUCGCGACAACAUCGUGGGCACCGUGCUGGUGAUCAGCAUCAUCAUCUGGGUGCCGGCCUCCUGCAUCUUCAGCUAUGUGGACGCCAAGCGACGGCGCGCCGAGGAGCAGGAGCUGGAGUGGCAGCGGCGCGAUCAGCUGAUCCGGCCGGGCGAGAGGCGCGUCGUCUACACGCGCCGCCGGCUGGCCGAGCGCGAGCGCGAGUACGGCGCCACGAGGCGCUGA